CGAUUUGGAGAUUGUUCGAGGUGCAUCAUUCGGCUUUCUGUUAUCAUCAUUAAUUGACAAAGUCGAGGGUACCCGAAGAUCCGAAUACUUCAGGGAAGAUGGCGCGAUCGCGCUCAUCGUCGCACAGAAGGAGGCACAGGCACUCGUCAUCAUCCUCUGGAUCGCACGGAAGGAAACGCUCAAGACGAGGGAGAUCCAGAACUCCGAGAGAUAGACCUCAUAGAUCAAGAUCUCCAUCAUCCAGGAGGAGAAAGGCAGAAUCGGAGUCCCCUAAGCAAUAGAGCAACUCACCAUGAAGGCAACAGACAAGAAAUCUAUGCAACAGGAGAAGAAUGGGGGAAGCACGAAGAGAUCGGAGGUAGCACCUGAAGAACCAAAAGCGAAGGAACCGGUCACCGCAUCUGAACUCAAAUCAAUUAUUGACAAAGCACUGAGACCAGAUCUGCAAAGUGUGAAGCAGGGGGGGACAGUUCAAGCGCCAAACACGCAAGCACUUACUAGCGGAGCAGGACAGAAGGCAGCUGAAGACGAAGGUAAAGUGGAGAAAUUGGUCUCAGAGGUGCGGAGAGACGUGAACCACCUCAAGUUCCUCAAGUACGAUUUCGCGGCAGUGAAAGGAGCAUUGCAGAAGAUAAAUGAGCCAACAAGAACCUGCACACCAAUAACAUCAUCAUCCGUCCACCUGAACCAGUAUCCCGGAGUAAUGACUGGACUACCGGCUUCAAUACACAUCAGUCGCAGCGGUCCAAGCCACAGUUUACCAAGUCGAAGCAUUCCAAGUCGGAGUAGACUGAGCCGACCAUUUCCUCCACAUCCCAAGAUAGGACGAACGAAGACACAACGACAAACAAGGACAAUCAGGUUGAAGGCGAGGCGAAGCAUCAACUUCGGCGUCGAACCGAUAACAGACACGCAACUCCUUCACCUGCAUUACACGGAUCUGCAGGAUCUGUGCAAGAUGCACAAUAUCAAGUACAAGGAUAAGCCUCAAGCUAUAUGGCAGCUGCGCAGAGUGCCAGGUCUGAUCGCAUACAACGGACGUGAUUUCAAUUGCGACUCAGACCUCGAGACACAGAUCAAUCCAGAUCCUAACAAUAUCAGGAUCGGGUCAUCCAGCGACAGAAAGACAAAGGAAGAGGAGUUGAGUUUGGAAUCAAGUGAGGAAGAUGAUAACUCACAAGACACGUCUUCAAGCACUGAAGACCUAUUGGGAAGGUAAGCAGGCCACCGCCGGCGCGUGACCUCACCACGACACAGAAAUGGGAACACAUUCAAAGACUAAGAUAAGUACAUGUCAUUCGCACAAUAGACGAUA